UAGAUCUUCUAAGGAAAAUUCUUCAUUCCUCGUGGUAAGAUAUCCUCUUCUUUGAUCAAUGUUUUUCUCACUAUCCUAUAUAGAGAUCAAGUGAAUAUGUACAAGAAGGAGGCUCGAAAGCACGAGAAUUCCCUCAUAUGUGAGCAUAUUGUCUCCAUCAAAGGGUUUGUGGAGUGUGAAGAUGAUGCCUGUUACUGUGGGAUUAUUGGUAUCGUCAUGAAAUACAUGGAGAAUGGAUCUCUUUGGGACUUCCGCACUACUAAAUGGCAACAGCACCCCGACCUCUUGCCUCUGACCAACAGGAUGGUCUAUGAAAUGUCGUCUGGAAUGCAAUUUCUCCACUCACAAGAUAUCAUUCACCGGGAUCUCAAGCUGGAGAACGUUCUAGUAGAUGGUGAUCUUCAUGUCAAGAUUGCAGAUCUUGGCCUUGCAACCAAUCUCCAAACUUCAUUCGGUGAUAGGUGUUGGGGCACGGACAGUCACAAGCCGCCAGAAGCUUUUAGAACAGACUUACCCAACUCAACUAAGAUUGUUACUUCAAAGUAUGAUGUCUACGGCUUUGCGAUGACUCUCUAUGAACUUCUGACAGGUAUUCACCCAUACUCUGACAGAGAAUCUGCCAUGAUAAGGGUCUUUAAAUUAACCAACCAAACUCCCUGUCUGGAACCAGUUCCUAAAAACACUCCUGAAGCUCUGAUCAAAGUUAUGACAGAUUCAUGGAGCUUUGUAGCAAGUGAUCGUCCAGAUUUCAAAGAAAUUACAGAUAGGGUAAAUAAACUUGAUACUGAACCAAGUUAUGACUCACUUCGACCCUAUUUAGGAGAGCCUCUUGUUGAUGGCCCUCGUGUUGUUGGAGUCCAUAAAUUCUGGCGAGCUCGCGCCAGAAUUUACGGACUCCAACAACGCGAGAGCCAUCGACAAGAGGCUAGCAACCCAGAGACUCCAGCCCAGACGGACAGACAGACGGGCGUCUGCAGGGGUGCUGAAGACGGUGGUGAAGGUGGUGGUGAAGGAAGAGUGACCAGGUUGAUGAGGGGUUUCCAGAUGUCGUUGAUGAAUAAUCCUGAGUCUUGGAGCACGGUGUUGUGGCGGUGA